UCCGCACUCUGGCUACGCGAAUGGAGUGUUACAUCAUGGAAAUCACGGCACUGGCUAUUGAAAAACUCAAGGAAGUACUGGACCAGGAACAGGAAACCAAUAGUUCCCUACGGGUAAUUGCCAUGCCCUCAGGCCAAGGGCUUCAGUACAUGCUCACGAUGGAAAAAGAGACCCAGCCCGACGAUACCGUGCUUAGCAUGGAGGGUCUGAGCUUCCUGAUGGACUCGGACAGCGCGCCAUUCCUCGAAGAGGCGACCAUUGACUAUGUUGAGGAAUUUGGCGGGCAGGUAGGAUUCGUAAUCAACAAUCCCAUGUACGCCAGUGGCGGCGGUUGUGGAGCAGGUUGUGGUUGCGGCAGCGGCGGCGGCGGUGGAUGCGGUUGCGGUAGCGGCGGCGGCGGUUGCGGCGGGCACUAA